ACUUCGUCAGAUAGUGCAGUUUCCUUCAUCGUAUCUUCUGGAGUCAUCAUCAUAGUUGACAAUGACAACCCUAGUCUGAGUGCUGGGUUCGUGCAGACUGAUGUUGGACAGCCCGAGACAGACGGUCUCACAGGCGCCAGGCUACGGGCCUUUGUUAACGGGCGCAUAACACAGCCCGUUGCACUGAGUGUCUCUGUCGCAGGAGGCACAGCUACAGUCAAUGAUGACUUCACUGAUUCCAUGGCGGUCCUGCAAUUCAACAUCAACUCCGACAAUCCAAGAAGAGUCUUCUACACCAUCAACGGAGACACUAUAGACGAGCCGGAUGAGACCAUUGUGUUCCAGCUCUCUGGACCCAGCGGAGUAGCCCUCAUCCCUGACAGGAGCACUGCAGUGGUCACAAUCAUCAAUGAUGACAUGUUUCCGAUUGAGACUGGGAUUAUUGUACUGGUGGACGGCACACCUGAAGUGAGGCUAGAGGGCGGGACAGGGACCGUGAGAGUGCAGUUCACUCUGAGCCCCGACAUCACCAACGCACUGUGUACCCUUCGCGACGUUGCGCCUCAGCAAGACUGCUCUUCUGGGACGUUUGUUGUCACUGGACUAGCACCCAGCCGUAUCCCUCCGGUGACUCUGGAGAUUGCCGCCCUUAACCAGCAGGGGCAGCAGGUCGCCUUCAUUUCCAGAACCAUCCGGCUAGGACUCAGCGGAGACUGUUCAGUCAACUUCCUGAAUGGUGUGGAAGGGGCCCUGGUGUUCCAGGGCGACGUGUUCAUUGCCUUCUCAGUGGUCGGUCCUACCACCUCCACCGAAUGCCAACUCGAUGGCGGAACUUUCACGCCAUGUGACAGGACAGUACAGUAUGAGAACUUGUCACUGGGAGAACACAGAGUGAAGGUGAGGCCCAAUGGGGACAACUGUGUGAGGAGAAUCCGCCGUACUGUCAUGUUUACCGUCGUCUGACUCAACAUCCCACCACGAAUCAUUGUGUGCAUCAUAUUUUUAAGCAUUAUAGUUUUCUAGAACACUGC